AUGUCUCUUUCUAAGAAGCUUACUCUGGAGAAGCUGGACGUGAAAGGAAAGCGAGUGGUCAUGAGAGUGGACUUUAAUGUUCCUAUGAAGAACAAGCAGAUGACAAACAACCAGAGGAUCAAGGCUGUCAUCCCGAGCAUCAAAUUCUGCUUGGACCACGGAGCCAAGUCAGUUGUUCUUAUCAGCCACCUUGGCCGGCCUGAUGGUGUCCCCAUGCCUGACAAAUACUCCUUAGAGCCAGUUGCUGUAGAACUCAAAUCUUUGCUGGGCAAGGAUGUUCUUUUCUUGAAGGAAUGUGUGGGUCCAGAAGUAGAGAAAGCCUGUGCUGAUCCAGCUGCUGGUUCUGUCAUCCUGCUGGAGAACCUUCACUUUCAUGUAGAAGAAGAAGGAAAGGGAAAAGAUGCUUAUGGGAAUAAGGUUAAAGCCAAGCCAAUUGAAAUAGAAGCUUUCCAGGGUUCACUUUCCAAACUAGGGGAUGUCUAUGUCAAUGAUGCUUUUGGCACUGCACACCGAGCCCACAGGUACCAAGAGCCUUUGUCCAAUGUUGGUUCCAUGGUGGGAGUGAAUCUUCCACAGAAGGCUGGUGGUUUCUUGAUGAAGAAAGAUUGA